GUCCUGUGUCUGCCGUGAAGAGAGGAGCGCUGGAUUACCUGUGAGGAGUUUACUGACCAUUUCAAAAAAGGAAAAUCUAAACCCGGGACAGCCAUGGAUGAUGUAUAUAAAGCAGCGGUGGAGAACUUGACAGAGGAGCAGAAGAAUGAGUUCCGUGCUGCGUUCGACAUCUUCGUGCAGGACGCUGAGGACGGCUGCAUCAGCACUAAGGAGUUGGGGAAGGUGAUGAGGAUGCUGGGCCAAAACCCCACUCAAGAAGAGCUUCAGGAAAUGGUAGACGAAGUAGAUGAAGAUGGGAGUGGGACAGUAGACUUUGAUGAGUUCUUGGUCAUGAUGGUGCGCUGUAUGAAAGAGGAGAGCAAAGGAAAAUCAGAAGAAGAACUGGCUGAAGUCUUCCGCAUGUUUGAUAAAAAUGGAGAUGGUUACAUUGACUUGGAUGAGCUGAAGAACAUGCUGGAGUCCACAGGUGAGGCCAUCACUGAGGAUGACAUCGAGGAACUCAUGAAGGACGGAGACAAAAACAACGACGGCAAGAUCGACUACGACGAGUUCUUGGACUUUAUGAAGGGUGUCGAGUAAAAACCCGCCAAGUGAAGCCAUUUCAUUCCCUGAACCAAUGCUGCCUGCCUCUCUGACGUCACCACACGGACACCUAAUUAGAAAGCACGGAAAAUGAUCUGCAUUUCAUUUAGUUCUGAAAGGUUGUUGAAGUGAAUCAGUCUUGUCAUACUGCUGCCCUAAUUAUUCGUGUUAUUUGUGCUCAAGUAAAAACCUUUUCU